AGUCACGACGGCCAAUCUGAGUCAGCACGCUACAAUUGAUAAUUUCAAUUGCUAAUUGUCAAUUUCCAAUAAUUAAUUUAGUCACCAAUCAAUGGUAUGUGCCCGUGUUGAAGCGCGAUGUGCCAAAUGGUUGUGCCGCUUAUGGAUUUGUUGUGGAAGGCACCCGCAUGUUUGUCUUUGGCGGCAUGUCGUUCUCGUUUUCUUCGGCUUUUUUUUUUCGGAUUGUAUGUGUGCACGAAUUUUGGAGUGUGUCGCAUAUCCAUUUAUUACUGACUUACAUUUCAAUUUCAAGAAAGUGCAAUUGAUCAUUUGUUUUGGCAAACAAAAAGAUGAACUUGAAUUGUAAACAAAUAUAUUAAAAACGAAUAAUCUGCUGAAUUGAAAAUGGAAAUGGAUGCCACCUACCAAAUUGAUAAUCCUAAUAAUAAUAUGUUGGCCAAUAAUCAACUUGGUUUUCGUUGGAAACGCAUUUUAAAUCCAACGCGGCCGCAGCCGCGUUCCCGCCACAGUCAUCGUGCCAUAAAUAUCAAGGAAUUAAUGGUCGUUUUUGUUGGCGGCAACGAGGGAAUUGCCGAUGAAUUUCAUGUUUAUAAUACAGUCACCAAUCAAUGGUAUGUGCCCGUGCUGAAGCGCGAUGUGCCAAAUGGUUGUGCCGCUUAUGGAUUUGUUGUGGAAGGCACCCGCAUGUUUGUCUUUAGCGGCAUGAUUGAAUAUGGCAAAUAUCCAAAUGAACUUUACGAGUUGCAAGCAAUCAAAUUGGGAUUGCGCAAAAUGUACCCUGAGACACCGGAUAACGGUGUCACACCCUGCCCCCGGUUGGGGCACAGCUUCACGAUGGUCGGCGAGAAAAUAUUCCUGUCUGGAGGACUGGGCAAUGAAUCGGAUGAUCCCAAAAAAUAAUAUUCCCAAAUAUCUGAAUGAUUUGUAUAUAUUGGAUACGCGAGGCGUGCACAGUCACAAUGGCAAAAUCCGCCUCCCCGGGAAUCGCACACGGGUAUUUCGUUUACGAGCAAAGAUCCGGCCAAAUUGAGCCGAAUUUGAAUUUCAAAAUUCAAGUUUCAUAUUAAAUGGCUUAAAAAAAUAAAACUGAAAUAUUGGCCAAUGUAAAAUAGAUAACAGAUUAGGGAAAACCUGUAAAAAAAAAAAAUGAAAA